AUGCCAACCUUUGUCCCCAAGCCAGGGCAGCCAGAGCGGGUGCCUGGGGACGAGGAGCUCUCGGAAAGCUUAGUGAGCGAGCAGCGUGCUGGAGGCCACCAGGAAGGCCAGGACACCAGCUGGUGCAGGAACGCGCUGGCCGUGAUGCUGCUGGGGCAUGCCCACUGGGCCGACUCCAGCACCCGGGGGCCAUCUCCUCAUUCAGCAUCCCCACCCCUUCCAGGGCCAAGGCUUGUGUUCAACCGAGUGAAUGGCCGGCGGCCCCCUACCACAUCCCCAUCCGCCGGGGCGACCCAGGAGACCUACACACUGGCCCACGAAGAGAAUGUCCGCUUUGUGUCCGAAGCCUGGCAGCAAGUGGAGCAGCAGCUGGGUGGUGGCCCAGCCGGUGAGAGCAGUCCGAGGCCUGUGCAGUAUGUCGAGAGGACCCCCAACCCCAGACUGCAAAACUUCGUGCCCAUCGACCUGGAUGAGUGGUGGGCACAGCAGUUCCUGGCCAGAAUCACUAACUGCUCCUAGCCGCCGCUUUGGAAGGAACGUCGCCUGCACGGGCCUGGCCCUGCCACAUGGCAGAUCUCUGCUAGGAGGAGACCACGUGUACCCACUGCAGCAGGUCGUGUUUCCCUCUGGGCCAGGCUGGACGCCAGCCACACCUGAAGUGCCAGCAUUUGGACUUUUGUACCUUCUGACCCCUUGGCCCAGCUGUGCCAGGCUGCCAGGGGCUGAACCUGUCUGACCUCAAUCCUGCUCACUGUGCCUGGGGACCAGCCCCUGGGGCUGGUAUGGCAGAGCUCCAGGUUAAUAAAGUCAAGAAACUGCCUUUUCA